AUGGCACAUAUAACUGCAUAUUUCGCAGCUCGAGAUUAUACAAAGCCGGCGAUUGAUCGUCGCAUCGCUGAAUUAUUAAAAAGGAGAGUCGGUUUAGAAGGAUUACCGACCGAGACUUUAAAAGAAAAACUUGCUAAAUUUAAAGAAAAACGAAACGCGAGACAAGCAUUGCUUAAAGCAACCCAUAGACAGGUUUUGGACGUUGCAGCUUUCAUUUUAAACGUACAUCCUGAUCUUUUAGAAGAGGGAAUUAUCGAUAAAGAUGAAUACAUCAAUGUUUUGGAUAGUUUCUUCCUCAAAGAUGGGAAGCGUGCAAUUCUCAUACACUAUCAACCUAUGGAACCACCGCCGUUUGAAUCUGGACGAUGGAGUGCGCAAUACGAGCGCGAAACUGAAAUAAUACGUUGCUGUAUUACCGACGGCUUUACAGAGCAACUUUCUGGAAAAUGUGUUAUAGUCUACAGGUUAAAAUCGGAUAUCGAUUUCGAGACAAAACAUAUUCUCGAUGAAACAUAUUAUGCAUACGCAGAAGUCGAUCCUUUGUCUCAGAGUGCACUCGCAGCCCUAUCAGACUUAAUUCUGAGGCUAAACUUGCCAGCAAUAAUCGCCAAUACAGCAUGGGGAGAAUUGUCGAAAUCUGAAACGGGUGAAAAAGUGAUAAACAAUUUCAUCUGCGAUUUCAGAGAUUUUUGCGAAUUUUUAAGCAUGACUAAGAUUGAUUUAGAGAACACGAUCAAAUUUUAUAUCGAUUGGAAUGUCUAUAAUAGGUAUUUAGAAUCGCUGGAAAAUAAUAAAAAGAGUAUUAGCAAUCCAGAAGCUAUUCAUGCUAUAGAGAAUAAUGUCAGAUUAUGGAUGAAAAGUAUGGAACGGGCUGUCGUCCAAAGUCAACAAUUGCGCAGAGAAACAGAGACAAUGGGUCCAAACGCGGAACUCAGUUAUUGGAGAAGGCUGCUUGCUCGUUUUUCCUCGAUCAUCGAACAUAUUAAAUCACCAUUUACUCAGAAGUACAUAGAAUUUUUGACAAAAAUAAAAUCCAAGCACAUGAAGAAAUGGAAGAUACUGGAAAAUCAUGUUAAAACGAUACAAAUUCUUGCACAAGAUAACGUGAAAUAUCUAUACGCGUUGGAAAAAUUUACUCAGCCUUUGUACAGGCUUGAUCCAACGAAAAUGGGCGAAUAUUUGCCCCCGCUUAUGUACGUUAUACGAAUGAUAUACGCUACUUCCCGAUUUUUUAAUACCAGACGAAUGGUCACGGCAGUUUUUGUAAAAAUGACCAAUCAAAUGAUUUUAGCAUGCAAAGCAUACUUAACCGAAGAUGGCAAAAUAAAUCUCUGGAAUGAAGCUAAAUCUGUCAUGAUAUCUAAAAUAAAGGAUUGCAUUAAAUUGUGCGAGCAGUAUUACAAUUACUACAACGAAAUGUGCAAGCAAGUAAGAGAAUCUACCGAUGAAAGACCAUUCGAAGUAUCUGAGAUGUACGUUUUCGGGAAGUUUAAUACCUUCAAAGCGAGGAUAAUAAAAGAUUACGACCCACUAGAUCACAGGAAACCGUACUUCGAUUCAGAUUACGAUAAUUAUAAAAGAAAUACAGCAGAUACGGAAGUAGAAUUGAGAAACUUCUUCUAUAAAUGCGUAUCAGAGACACCAAAUAUCACAGAAGCUUUAAGAGUAGUCGCGAGAUUUCAAAAGCUGAAGUUUAAACACCUGAGGAUCGACAGGAAAUACUUAGAGCUUAUAACGUGGUUUCAAAAAGAGAUCGAGGAUGUGCGGGAUCGAUAUAACGAGGAUAGAUCGGAUCCACCGAUACCGAGAAAUAUUCCACCUAUCGCUGGUCGCAUUUUAUGGAUCAGACAGCUUUUCAGACUUAUCACGUGGACGUCUCUGAACAUCACAGAAAUGUGUGAUGAAAUCAGAAAAUCGAUCACGUCCGUGCAGAUCUUUGUCAAGGAGAUAAAAGACAUGAAGGAAGCGAGAGUCGACGAAGUUUUCGUAUCCAUAUCAGAGGCCAUUUUAUUGAAGCUCGAUGACUAUGCAAAGCCUCCUAUUCAAUUACUAGACGACAAUAUCGCGUUUGGACUGACGGUGGCUGCCGAUCUAGAAAUUAAAUCAUCAGCCGCAGAGAAAGCUGUUACGACGAUAAUUAAUAAGUUUAUGGACUUCAUCAUCGACGAGUCUGUGCAGAGUGUUAAGUACAACUGGCUGGAUAAGGAUAAAAUACUGAAACAUAUCUCACAGACGAAACUAACAAAGGGAAAAUACGAACCAGGUUUUGCACCUAUCGAGAGAACACGUAAAGUUCAAAUAAAUAAAGUGCAUAACGAGUGCAUGGAACUAUUUGCAUACUUUCACAAUAAACUUAUAGAAGCCUUGGUGAAAUGCACCAAGAACUCCCUCGAGUUAUUAAAGAAAGAAGUGACUGUAACGAGUCAUUUGACAGAGGAUGAUGAGUCGAAGAAGAGGACACCGAUACUUUUGACAACGUUCGUCUUGCAAAUACCGAAUAUCGUGUUAUCCCCUCCGAUAGAAGAGUUGCAGCAUUAUUUUGGAAAACUAAUAAUCAGUGUGGUGGAGAACCAUAAAGUAAUUACCGCAUGGGGACAACGUUAUUCUAAUAAUAAAUUUUUCCAUACAGAAAAUAACAAGGCACAUGCGAAAAACUACUAUCAUAUCAUACUUGAUCACAAGGAAAUAGUUCGCAGUGUAAUGAGUCUACAGGGUGCGAUUUAUGCCAUAAAGGAAGACAUCGAUGAAAUUGCCAAUAAUUACUUGCGAUAUUCCUACAUAUGGGCCGAGGGAAUAGACAAAAUAAUCGAAAAUUUCGUCGACUCUGAACCCAUCACCCAAGAAAUCAAAGAGAAGUUCAUGGAGUUUGACGAUUUGGUCGCUGAAAUACAAAAUCUGCCUGAUAAACAUGUAGUGGGACCUAUAGAAAUUAGCAUGGAGAAACUGAAAUUAGCAUUCUUGGUCGAAGCAAGAGCUUGGAAGACGUUAUUGGGUCAGAAAUUAUCCACGACUUACAAAGAGAAAUUAAAAAGGAUUACCGAGUACAUAAACGAUAAGAAUAAGGUAUUAGCUAGAGAAAUAAAGGAUUUAGAAGACGUGAGGAUCGCGAUGAAGUGCUUAGGCGAGAUACGAGACGAUUUUAUAUCCCUGGACAUAGAGUUGAUCUUAAUAGAAGAAACGUACACUUUAAUGGGGAAAUUUAACAUCUCUAUAUCGAAGGAAGAACAGGACAUUGUAGACAGUUUGCGUUACAAUUUUACAAACAUGUUGAACACGGCGAAACAAGUACAAGCGAAGAUAUGCGAGAUGCAAGAGCCAUUGAAAAAGGAAUUGACAGAUGGAGUUGCAAUAUUUAAGCAAGACGUAAUUAAUUUUGAUCACGAAUUUGAGAUAAAUGGCCCAAUGGUUGAGGGAAUUCCAGCCAAAGAAGCUAGUGAUCGACUCAUACUGUUCCAAGCCCUCCUGGAAGAGUUAUGGGAAAAGUACAAGACUUACAGUAGCGGUGAAAGCUUAUUCGGCAUUGAAAUAACAGAGUACACGGCUCUUCAUCAAAGAAAAAGGGAAAUUAAUUUGCUGCAGAAGUUAUAUUCGUUGUAUCUGCAGGUGAUACGAACGAUCGACAGCUAUUAUGAGAUACCCUGGUCUGAAAUCGACAUCGAAUCCAUAGUGUCCGAAUUGGCUGAUUUUCAGAACAGAUGUCGACGAUUACCAAAGGCUAUGAGAGACUGGCCAGCUUAUAUCGAUCUGAAAAAGAAGAUCGACGACUUUAACGAGACUUGUCCAUUGUUAGAGUUGAUGGCUAACAAAGCUAUGCAAGAAAGACACUGGGCAAGAAUGUCCACGUUGUGUAAAUACCCGUUUGACGUCGAGUCAGAGGCUUUUACUUUGGCGAACGUGAUGCAAGCACCUUUGUUGAAGUACAAAGACGAAGUCGAGGAUAUAUGCAUCAGCGCAGUGAAGGAGCAAGAGAUAGAGAGUAAACUGAAACAAAUUAUAGCAGAAUGGGCUACAGUGGACUUACAAUUCUCCACCUUCAAGCAACGAGGAGAAUUGCUCUUAAAAGGAGCAGAAACAAUCGAGAUAAUAUCUCAACUCGAAGAUAGCUUGAUGGUGAUCAGUUCAUUGAUGGCAAAUCGGUACAAUGCACCUUUCAAAAAGGAGAUACAACUAUGGCAAAGUAAACUCAGCAACACCUCUGAAAUCUUAGCCAAGUGGCUAACUGUUCAGAACUUAUGGGCCUAUUUAGAAGCUGUAUUCAUUGGUGGAGACAUAUCCAAACAACUUCCAGCAGAAGCAAAACGUUUUAAUAAUAUCGAUAAAGCUUGGGUGAAGAUCAUGUAUCGAGCACGAGAAAGGGUGAACGCAGUGGAAACAUGCACAGGAGAUGAAACAAUGGGCCAAUUUCUGCCACAUUUGUUGGAGCAGCUGGAAUCUUGCCAGAAGUCCCUUAGCGGGUAUCUGGAAACAAAACGAAGCAUAUUUCCAAGGUUCUGUUUCAUAUCAGAUCCUACCUUGCUGGAGAUUCUUGGUCAAGCAGCUGACUGUCACACCAUACAGAACUAUCUCGAUGGCUUCUUUGACAAUGUGGCGAAAUUAGACUUCCAUGAAAAAGAGUAUGAGAGGAUUGUAGCCAUGUACUCACGAGAAAAUGAGAAAGUGGUACUGGAGAAGGAUGUUAUAUGCACAGGGGGUGUAGAAAAUUGGUUGAAUACUUUCUUAUCGGUUCACCAAUUCUCAGUAGGCAGUGUGAUCUCGCAGGGGUUGCAAACUCUAGCCAAUGAAGAUUUUGACAUCAUACAGUUGAUAGACAAUUCGAUUCUACAAGUGGGGCUGUUAGCCUUACAAGUUCUAUGGACUCGCGAUUCUGAGGUAGCCUUGAAUACAGCAAAACGGGACAGAGGUAUUAUGAAGCGAACAAACCUAUGGUUCCUUGAUUUAUUGAACAACCUCAUCGAAAUGACUGUUAAAGACUUGUCGAAAUACGCGAGAGCAAAAGACAUAUUCGACGAAUUAUGUCACCUCAGGAUACGUAAUGUGAACGACUUCGAAUGGCUGAAACAGAGUAGAUUUUAUUACGAUAGCGAGACGGAAGAUAUUCCCAUAAAAAUCACAGACAUAGAUUUCGUCUAUCAGAACGAGUUUCUAGGCUGCACAGAUCGACUCGCUAUUACUCCUCUUACCGACAGAUGCUAUAUAACGUUGGCUCAAGCUGUGGGUAUGAACUUUGGGGGUGCACCCGCGGGACCAGCCGGUACUGGCAAAACGGAAACCACAAAGGAUAUGGGGAAAGCCCUUGGAAAAUACGUGGUGGUAUUUAAUUGCUCCGACCAAAUGGAUUUCCGCGGUCUGGGCAGAAUAUUUAAAGGAUUAGCCAUGUCCGGUGCCUGGGGCUGCUUCGACGAGUUUAAUCGCAUCGAUUUGCCGGUCCUGUCGGUAGCUGCUCAGCAAAUAGCAAUUGUACUUACAGCGAGAAAGGAGAGAAAAACAACUUUCCUUUUUAGCGACGGUGAGGUAUAUAAAUUGAACUUCGAGUUUGGAAUCUUCAUCACUAUGAAUCCUGGCUAUGCUGGGCGCCAAGAAUUGCCAGAAAAUUUAAAGAUACAAUUCAGAAGCGUCGCUAUGAUGGUUCCUGAUAGACAAAUAAUUAUGCGUGUAAAACUGGCAGCCUGUGGUUUCAAGGAAAACGUCCUGCUAUCGCGAAAAUUUUUCACGUUGUACAAAUUGUGCGAAGAGCAACUGAGCAAGCAAGUGCAUUACGAUUUCGGUUUGAGGAAUAUAUUAUCUUGUUUGCGAACACUUGGUGCACAGAAACGAGCGAAUCCCACUGACUCUGAAGAAACUACCCUAAUGAGAGUCUUAAGAGAUAUGAAUCUGUCAAAAUUGGUGGACGAAGACGAACCAUUGUUCAUGUCCCUCAUCGAAGACAUGUUCCCAGGAAUCAAGCUCAAAACUCAAACAUACAAAGACCUGCAGAAAGCAAUCGCUAACGCGACUGUAGCGCUUGGUAUAAUGAAUCAUCCAGAGUGGAAUUUGAAGACAGUUCAGCUAUACGAGACUUCUUUGGUUCGUCACGGUUUGAUGGUGCUUGGGCCAACGGGUUCUGGGAAAACCCAGUGCAUGUGGGCACUCAUGAAGGCUCUGACUGAGAUGGGAAUGCCUCACAAAGAAGUCCGAAUGAAUCCCAAAGCCAUAACUGCGUCCCAGAUGUUUGGAAAAUUGGAUGUAGCGACGAAUGACUGGACAGACGGGAUUUUCUCUACCAUAUGGAGAAGAUCUACUCAUACGAAGAAAACGGAUAAUCUAUGGAUGGUUCUGGAUGGUCCUGUGGAUGCUGUAUGGAUCGAGAACUUGAAUUCGGUGCUAGACGACAAUAAGACGCUGACUCUAGCGAACGGUGAUCGUAUAAUUAUGGCAUCGAAUACUAAAUUGGUCUUCGAGCCAGAUAACGUUGAUAAUGCAUCGCCAGCCACGAUAUCUCGUAUGGGUAUGGUGUUCAUUAGUGCUUCUGUAUUGAAAUGGAGUCCCAUUCUGCAGGGGUGGUUUAAGAGACAACCACCAGCGCAGGCAGAAGUGUUGAAUAAUUUGUUUAAUAAGAUUUACGACGACGCUCAUACCUUCGUCCAAACUAGGCUUCCGGUUAAAAUGAACCUCUUGGAAGCUAUCUACAUAAGGCAGUGUAUCGAUCUGUUAGAAGGUUUACUUACCACAAACAAAGAUUCAAAAGUGCUUCCGGAUUAUCAUAUCGAAAAGAUAUUCCUUUUCUCGCUCAUGUGGAGUCUGGGAGCAGUAUUGGAAUUAGAGGAACGAAACGCACUGCAGGAGUUCCUACUUCAUCACGAAUCGAAGUGUAAUUGGCCAAAAUGCAUGGAAGAUGAAACCAUAUUUGAAUAUUUGGUAUCGGACGAUGGCCACUGGAUGCAUUGGUCUGAGAAGGUUCCAGAGUUCAUCUAUCCACCUGAUGAAGUCUUAAAAUAUUACACUAUCCUUGUUCCCAACAUAGAUAAUACAAGAACCUUGUUCCUGAUCAAUGUCAUCGCUAAACAAAGGAAAGCAGUACUUCUAAUAGGAGAACAGGGAACUGCCAAAACGGUCAUGUUAAAAAGCUACAUGUCCCAAUAUGAUCCGGAAGAACAGUUGUUCAAAUCCUUCAGUUUUUCUUCUGCAUCCACUCCGAAUAUGGUUCAGCGGGUGUUCGAAAGCUAUGUAGAGAAGAGGGUUGGUAACACUUAUGGACCCCCAGGUGGUAGGAGAAUGACCAUUUUCAUCGACGACAUAAAUAUGCCAGCCAUAAAUGAAUGGGGGGACCAAAUUACAAAUGAGAUUGUCCGCCAACUGAUGGAGUAUAAAGGCUUUUAUUCCCUGGAUAAGCCCGGUGAUUUCUGUAUCAUACAGGACAUCCAAUUGCUCGCCGCCAUGAUUCACCCAGGCGGGGGUAGAAAUGAUAUUCCACCGAGACUGAAGAGACAAUUCAAUAUUUUUAAUUGUACAUUACCGUCCAAUAAAUCUAUGGACACGAUCUUCAGGAGUAUCGGAGAAGGAUAUUUCUGCAGCACCAGGUUCGAUGAGAACAUCGUAAGUUUCCUGCCAAAAUUGAUACCUUUGACGAGAGUCUUAUGGCAGCAGACCAAGAUAAAAAUGCUACCAACGCCGGCUAAGUUCCAUUACGUUUUCAACCUAAGAGACUUGUCUCGAAUUUGGGAAGGUAUUCUUAGAAUCGAGAGAGCCGAAUGCGAUACUAGAAGCCGGCUGCUGAAGCUCUGGGAACACGAAUGUACUCGUGUAAUCGCGGAUCGAUUUACAAGUGCCGAGGAUACCCAGUGGUUCAAGAGUACACUGAGACGAACAGCUGAGAAGAUGCUGGGUUCCGACUUUAGCUUCUAUAUACCCGUAGAAACGUAUUUCGUGAAUUUUCUACGAGAACCACCGGAACCCACGGGAGACGAACCGGAAGACUUCGUCUUCGAGGCACCAAAGAUUUACGAAGAAAUUCCAAGGUACAGCUUCGCUCUAAUUAAUACAUUAGUGUAACUUCAUUAAUUAGAUCGCAAUGACGUAUCUUUUUACAGUUACGACGCAUUGAUUCGAAUAUCGAGAAUCUUAGGUGUUCCUCGAAGCAACGCCAUGCUAGUCGGGGUUGGAGGAUCAGGCAAACAAAGCCUAACUCAGGAUCUGAGGAAAGUGUAUCACGCAGCUGGAACAGGAAGCAAGGGGCAGACGUUUAUAUUCACGGAUAACGAGAUCAAGGAAGAAGCUUUUCUGGAGUACAUAAAUAAUAUCUUGAGCGUUGGAGAGGUUGCAAAUCUGUUCCCACCUGACGAACUCGACGAUAUCUUGUCGCUAGUGACGCCAUUGAUGAAGAGCGAAGAUCCAAGGCGACCACCGACUCCUGAUAAUCUUUACGAUUAUUUCUUGUCACGUGCGAGAGACCAGUUACACGUAGUCCUGUGCUUUUCACCAGUCGGUGAGAAGUUCAGGUCUAGAGCACUGAAGUUCCCUGGUCUUAUAUCCGGCUGUACGAUAAAUUGGUUCUGGAGAUGGCCGAAAGACGCCUUAUACGCAGUCAGUGAUCAUUUCCUGAAGAAAUAUAAAAUAAUCUGCAGUCCAGAGAUAAAGCAACAGCUGAUAGAAGUGAUGGGAGACAUACACAAUAACGUGAACGAUGUUUGCACUAAAUACUUCGACAGAUUCCGAAGACAGGUGUACGUCACUCCAAAAUCAUUCUUAACUUUCCUGAGCGGAUACAAGAUACUUUAUAAGCAAAGACUGGAUAAUAUUAAUAUCCUCUCGUAUCGUAUGAGCAAUGGCUUGAGCAAGCUAGUCGAUGCCGCGGCACAGGUUGACGAACUGCGCAAAGUUCUAGAGAUUAAUCAGCAAGAAAUCGCGGAGAAGAACGUGCAAGUGGAAGCUAUCCUAGUCACGGUGAACGAGAAGAAGAGAGAAGCAGAGGCUGUGAAGGCACAAGUGCAAGUGUCUAAAGACGAAGCGGAAGCCAUCUUGAAAGUGAUCGCGAAGGAAAAAGUGGUUGCAGAACAGAAAUUGAAGGCUGCAGAACCUGCUUUGUUGGCAGCUGAGGCUGCAUUGCAAACCAUAAAAGCUGCUGAUAUCGCGACAGUGAGAAAAUUAGGAAAACCGCCAUAUUUAAUUACGCUUAUCAUGGACUGCGUGAUAAUACUGUUUGGAAGAAAACUGGAACCGGUAAAGCCGGAUUACGAAAGGCAAUUUUUAACUCCUUCGUGGUCUGAAGCUUUAAAGGUGAUGGCUGACACCAGAUUUCUGUAUAACUUGCAAAAUUUCCCAAAGGACAACAUCAACGCUGAAACUGUUGACUUGAUGCAACCAUACUUGAAUUAUCAUUUAUAUACCUACGAAGCUGCGAAGCAAGCUUGCGGAAAUGUAGCUGGUCUCAUUCAAUGGACCAUCUCGAUGGUUACCUUCUACGGGAUAAAUAAAGACGUUCUUCCUUUGAAAGCAAAUUUGGCCGUGCAAGAGAGCAAGUACGAAAAAGCGAAUCGAAACCUAAUGGAGGCUGAAAGUGUUUUAAGGGAGAAAGACGAAGACUUGAAAGUGGUGCAGAGAGAGUUCGAUGCUGUAAUGGAAGAACGUCAAAAAAUAGUCGACCUCGCUGAGAUUUGCCAAGCAAAAACAGACACCGCCACAGCCAUGAUCGAGGGCCUUUCUGGCGAAAGAAUAAGAUGGACGGAGCAAUUGGCAUCGUUUAAAUCGGAAACAGAUCGUCUUGUUGGCGAUAUAUUGAUUCUGAUGGGUUUCUUGUCAUAUUGUGGCCCCUUCAACCAAGAAUUCAGGACUUUGUUACAAAAGCAGUGGUUCGAUUUUAUUCAAAGUCGGAAAAUUCCUAUUUCUCUCGUGAUAAAUAUUACUGCUAGUUUGACUGACACAGCUACCAUUGGAGAGUGGAGUUUGCAAGGUCUUCCAACGGAUGACUUGUCCAUUCAGAAUGGAAUUAUAGUAACACAGGCAACCAGAUAUCCUCUUUUAAUUGACCCACAGUUGCAAGGCAAAGCGUGGAUCAAGAAUAAAGAAGAAGAAUUUCAAUUACAGCCAACGUUGCUCACACACAGAUACUUUAGAAAUCACUUGGAAGAUUGUGUUUCUUUGGGUCGUCCAUUGCUAAUUGAGGAUGUAGGAGAGGAAUUAGAUCCUGUCUUAGAUAAUUUGUUAGAGAAGAAUUUUAUAAAGAUAGGCACUUCUCUGAAGGUAAAAUUAGGUGAUAAGGAAGUGGAUAUCCAUAAAGACUUCAGACUUUAUAUCACUACAAAGUUACCGAAUCCAUUAUAUACUCCAGAAAUAUUUGCACGUACUGCUAUAAUAGAUUUUACAGUCACCAUAAAGGGAUUAGAGGAUCAACUGCUGGGAAGAGUCAUCCUGACCGAGAAGAAGGAACUUGAAACGGAGAAAACACAAUUGAUAGCAGACGUAACUGCAAAUAAUAGAAAGAUCAAGGAACUGGAAGCUAAUCUUUUACAGAAAUUAACCACCGUAGAGGGACCUUUGAUAGAAGACGUGGAAUUAAUGUCUGUAUUGAAUACCACGAAACAAACGGCAGCUGAGAUAAACGAGAAAUUAAGCACCGCGAAGGAUACAGAAUUAAGAAUCGAUUCUGCACGCGAAGAGUUUCGACCAGUCGCAAGACGUGGCAGUGUUUUGUACUUUUUAAUUUGCGAUAUGUCUUUGGUCAAUUCCAUGUAUCAAACGUCGCUCGUCCAAUUUCUCGAACGAUUCGAUAUCUCUAUGGAAAGAUCUGAGAAGAGUCCAGUUAAUCAAAGAAGAAUCAACUAUAUUAUCGAAUAUCUCACGUAUGAAAUAUUCAGAUACAAAGCAAGGGGUCUUUACGAAAUACACAAAUACAUGUUUAUCUUAUUGAUGACGUUAAAAAUCGAUUUACAACGCGAUGCUAUUACUCACGAAGAGUUUCAGUAUUUCAUCAAAGGUGGUGCAGCUUUGGACUUGAACACUGUCGCACCGAAACCCUGCAAGUGGAUUACCGAUGUCACCUGGCUGAAUUUGAUCGCACUCUCUGGAUUAAGACAGUUUCAGUACAUCGCAUCUCAAGUUCCAGCUUCUGAAAAACUUUGGAAGCAAUGGUUUGAUAAAGCUGCCCCAGAGGAAGAAGUGAUACCAGAUGGUUACAACACUUUGGAUACUUUUCGUCGCUUAUUGCUAAUUAGAGCCUGGUGUAUAGAUAGAACACUGUCACAAUCGCGAAAAUACAUAUCAAGUUCGCUAGGAGAGAAAUAUGCAGAACCUGUAAUUACUCUUAUGGAUGUAAUGCAUAGCGAAUCAAGGCCAAAUACACCAAUGAUCUGUUUCUUGAGUAUGGGAUCUGAUCCUACUCCCAGUAUAGAGCAGCUUGCCAAAAAGAUGGAGAUUAUGUGUAAAAGUAUCUCGAUGGGGCAGGGUCAAGAAGUCCAUGCACGAAAAUUGCUUCAAAGUGCAAAAACUGAAGGAUUUUGGGCAUUGUGCCAAAAUUGUCACUUAGGUCUGGAUUAUAUGGCAGAGUUAGUUAAUUUUAUUUUGGAAAUGGAGGAACCACAUCCUCAUUUUCGUAUUUGGAUUACUACAGAACCACAUAAAGAUUUUCCAAUAUCCCUUUUACAAAUGUCUAUAAAAUAUACUUAUGAACCUCCACAAGGAAUAAGAGCAGGUUUGCUUUCUACAUACAGUGGAAUGCACCAAGAAAUGUUAGAUCAAUGUGAUGCCCCACAGUAUAUACCAAUUAUAUAUGCAGUAUCAUUUUUGCAUACCAUUGUGCAAGAAAGAAGAAAAUUUGGACCACUUGGUUGGAAUAUACCCUAUGAAUUUAAUAUGUCAGAUUGGCUGGCAUCCUGUAUAUUUAUUAAUAAUCACUUGAAUGAUUUUGAUAUAAAACAGGGAAUAAGUUGGCUUACUAUAAGGUAUAUGAUUGGAGAGGUGCAGUAUGGAGGACGUGUUACAGAUGAUUAUGACAAAAGAUUGUUGAAUACAUUUGCCAAACUAUGGUUUUCAGAUGCACUUUUUUCAGAGGAUUUUGUAUUUUACAAAGGAUAUCCAGUUCUAGUUUAUAAACAAGUUACAGAGUAUCUAAAAGUAAUUGAUGAAAUGAAUCCUAUAGAUCCACCUCAAGUUUAUGGUUUGCAUGCUAAUGCAAAUAUUACAUAUCAAGGUAACACUACACAAGCUGUUUUAGAUACUAUAAUGUCUGUACAACCAAAAGAAGCAGGUGCAGUAGGUGCUGAAUCUAGAGAAGUAAUAGUAGCUAGACAAGCAAAAGAAAUGUUAAAAAAAUUACCACUAAGUUAUGAUCCAUUUGAAGUAAAAGAAAAACUAAAACUAUUGGAUGCCACUGCACCAAUGACCAUUUUCUUGAAACAAGAAAUUGACAGAAUACAAGUAGUUAUUAAAGUAGUGGAUACUAUACUGAAAGAUCUUUUACUAGCCAUAGAAGGUGUUAUUAUAAUGAGUGAGGAAUUGAGGGAUGCUCUUGAUAAUAUAUAUGAUACAAGAGUACCAAAGUCAUGGAGAGCAAAAUCAUGGGAAUCUUUUUCUCUUGGCUUUUGGUUUACUGAACUAUUAGAUAGAAAUAAACAAUUUUCUAAUUGGCUAUUGACUGGUAGACCAAUAAAAUUCUGGAUGACUGGAUUUUUUAAUCCUCAAGGAUUUUUAACUGCAAUGAGGCAAGAAGUAACAAGAGCUCAUAAAGGUUGGGCUUUGGAUAAUGUAACUUUGCAUAAUGAGGUUUUACGUUAUACAGCAGAAGAAAUUAAAACUGCACCCCAAGAGGGAGUUUAUGUAUAUGGACUAUUUCUUGAAGGAGCUGGAUGGGAUAAGAGAAAUAAUAGGUUGUGUGAAUCAGCAAAUAAAGUUUUAUAUGUGUUAAUGCCUGUGAUUCAUAUUUUUGCUUUGUAUAAUAUUCCUGAUAAAGAUCCAAAAUUAUAUCAGUGCCCAGUGUACAAAAAACCACAAAGAACGUACGUGUUAUUAAUAACACCGCUUUGGUUACAAACGAAUAGACCACCGGAAUUUUGGACUUUGCGUGGAGUCGCAUUAUUAUGCGAUAUUAAAUAA